AUGACAAACGGGUCUAGUAGUACUACUGCUGAUUCUGAAUUUAUACCACGUGUUUCUAGUCCAUUAUUUCUUCAUUCAUCUGAUAUACCUGGGAUGUCCUUAGUUGUUGUUCCUUUUUCUGGUUGUGGUUUUGGUGGGUGGAGAAGGAGCAUUAUUGUAUCCUUGUCGGCUAGGAAUAAAAUUGCUUUCAUUGAUAGUAGUUUUCCUAAGCCGACUGCUGGUUCCCCUGAGUCUAAACAGUGGGAUAGAUGUAACAACAUGGUUAUAUCCUGGCUAACCAGCUCACUCACACCUGAGAUUGCUGAGAGUGUCCAAUAUUCUGACACUGCUGAAAGCAUCUGGAAACAGUUGAACAAUAGGUAUGGAACUAUUAAUGAAACAAAGAAAUUUGAAAUUAAAAAAGAAUUGGCUUCCACAUGUCAGGGACCUCUUGAUAUAGCUUCUUAUUUCAACAAGUUAAAGAAAUUAUGGAAUGAAUUGGGGGCUAUGGGUUCAAAUCAUGCAAAUACUUGCACUUGUGCUGCAAAGGAGAGUUUGUUGAGGGAAGAUGAAGAAAAUAAAGUUCAUCAAUUCUUAAUGGGCCUGAAUGAAACUUAUAUAACUGUUAGAAGCAACAUCCUCAUGAUGAAUCCACUCCCUUCGCUUGAUAAUGUGUAUAACAUUCUUCUGCAAGAUGAAAAGCAGAGACAAAUGACUCCCAAUACUCAUUUCACACCUGACCUAGCAUCUUUCAAUGCAAAUGCAACUACACCUACUAGGUUUCCUCCUCAUUUUCAGCCCCAAAGGCAGUACACUCAAAAGAUUAAUUUUGACUCACCUAAUCAGAGGCUGGUUUCUAAUCAGAACAAAGAUUUAUUCUGCAAGUACUGCAAAAAGAGUGGUCAUACAAUCGGUAAGUGUUAUAAAUUGAUUGGAUUUCCACAAGGUUUCAAGUUUACCAAGGGCAGAAGGUUUGGGACUGCUGCAAAUGUUGAGUCUUCUAAAAACUCUAAUGCUGCAAAUGUUGGUUCCAAUGGUCCAGUUUCUGGUAUACCUGGUCUUACCAUGGAUCCUCCACCCAACUUUGAGGGGUCUGCUAAUUUUGCUGGUAGUAAUCUUUCUUUGCUUGAGCUUAAUGGUGUUGCUGCUUAUUCUGCUUGCAUGUUAACUAGUGUAGCUAGAAGUGUUUGGAUAGUAGAUUCUGGAGCAACUGAUCACAUGACCUCUGCUAAAGAACUUCUCUUUAACAUUACUCCACUUCCUGUUCCCUACUUAGUCAGCCUACCUAAUGGAUACAAAGUAAAAGUCACAUGCACAGGGUCACUCACUCUGAAUUCUUCAUUUGUCCUGCACAAAGACCUUUCCAGGAAGAAGCUUCUGGUUCUUGGUAGACUCCACCAAGGGCUAUACAAACUUCAUCACCUUUCUAAUUCACCCCCUUCUGAUUCUGUUUUGAAUAAUGAUGGUCAGAAUGUAUCUAGUUCAUCCCUUUCUGAUUCUGUUUUGAAUAUUAAUAUUGUGCAGAAUGUAUCUAGCUCAUCUUUGAAUACUUCUGUCUGUAGCCUAAAUGAAAGUGUGGUUCCCUCUGUUGCAUAUGUUCAUUCUGUACAACAUGUGAAUAAUCUUGAUAUGAUUUGGCAUAAUAGAAUGGGACAUCUUCCUUUUGCAAAAUUGAAGUGUAUACCUUCUGUUUCUUCUGAUUUGUCUACUAAACAGCCUUUUAUUUGUUCUAUCUGUCCGUUGGCCAAACAAGCUAGAUUGCCUUUUCCCGAUAGUACAUCCAACUCUACUUCUCUGUUUCAACUCAUUCACAUUGAUACUGGGGGCCUUAUCAUACCCAAACUUAUUCUGGUGCUAAAUAUUUUUUGA